AUGACGGAACUCAACUUCAAGACCUUCGGAUCGGUUCCCAUCAACAGCGACAGCACCGGAGCGCUGACAGUGGCCGGGAAUGCCAUGCACUCUCAACGCACGAAGCACGUGGCCCUGAGGUACUUUUUCAUCCGGGAGCUAGUACUGCGGGGACACAUCACUCUUCACCACCGGCCCAGCGAGCACCAGUUGGCUGAUAUCGCGACCAAGUACCUCCCAAAGCACCCAUUCGCCUCCAUCAUUCAGCAGAUCAAGGACUUUUCGGGUUGAUCGAAGAUCUGUGAAGCUUCCUUCCAUACCCGCCAUGCCAGAAGGAAUUUAUUUUCGAUACGAUGCCAACGGAGGGGUCGAGGUAGACAAGGAUAUGGUGAUGCCGUCGACCAUUGUGAAUUAGUUGCUUGAUC